CUUGUGUCUGCUGUGUUGUUCGUGUUGUGAAAUGUUUUGGCAAUGCCAGUUUCAAGUUUGUAAUUUAACAGCUUAUACCAAAGACAAGUGUGAGAUACAGCUAGAGCUACAGCUAUAGUUUGAGAUACAUUUUGUUUGUUAGCCACAAAACCUUGCACUAAUUGGAUACACUUAACUGCUGCUGCCGCCUGGGGCUAACGCCUUGGAUCUUCCAUAUAAACAACAACGAUCGAGAGCUGCAAUAAAGUAAGCGAAGAGGAUUGGUAACGCUACAGCUGAAGGAUUGCCGCCAUGGCAACGACAACAGCAAAAGCAACAGCAACAGCAGCAACAAGGAGGUGCAUGCAACCAAUGUUGCUGUUGCACACUUUGCUGGCGCUGACGGCGCUGCAGAUGAUGCACAGCAGUCUGAAGGGAAGUGGCGUUGAGGCGCUGCCAAUCACCUCGAGACCCAUCGAGGGAAAUGCCCAACUUCUGGCCUGGGAGGAAUGGCAACGAUUGUCGCCCGACCAGCGAACCCUAGAGAAGGAGAAGAAGGUGACGGCCAAGUCGAUAUUUACGCUGCCCUUCCGUCACUGUCCGCCGGGCCACAAACAGUACGGGGAGCGUUGCAUACCGCAAAUUAACAUUGAUCCCACCGAUCUGGUGAAGCAGGAGUUGCUCGAACUGAUUGGCGAGGGAGAUGCCGGCAAUGGCAGCCCAACUGGCAACACGGACUAUGACUACAGUGACAGCGAAGGCGACAACGACAGCGAUGAACUCAUCUUCAAUGUGCCCCUUGUGCCACUGAUGCAAACGGGGCAGCUGCCAACGUUGCCAAGUCCUCCAGGCGCUGCUGCCGAGGAUCAGGCCUUGCCCAGCGAGGAUGCCCCCUUGAAGUUCAACAUAUUCGAGAAUAAGUAUCCCACGGCAAUGGAGACUUCGCUGCAGCCCGAGCCUGCACUGAAUGCAACAGUCGCGACAACAACAGUUGCAACUGGCACGGCAACAGCAACAACCACGCCCAUGCCAACGAUAGCAACCAUGCGUGGAGAUGCCCUAAAGACACAGAGACAGAGACAGCGGCAGCCGGAUAAUCGUAUCGCUGAGCAAUUUGAUGAUCUACAGGCUGAUGCCAGCUAUGCCAUGCCAAGUACAACCUCCCUCAGCAUUCCCAGCAGCAACAGUGACGCAUUUGGCCACAUUGGCAACAUUGAGGCUAUUGUGUUGUCCGCGAGUUUGCCGUUGCAUGAAAAGUCCUCGGUUCAACUGGUGACGAGUUCCAGCGAGGCAAAUGUGAAUCUGAAUCACAAUUUGAAUGCAACUGCGAAUGCGAAUGCGGAUGUAGAUGAGUUUGUCGAGAAGGAAACGGAGGCAGACACAGAGGCAGAGACAGAGGCAGAGACAGAGGCAGAGACGUCGGCGCAGGCCUUGGCGCAAUUGCUCAAGGCCGACACAUUGCUGCCGGCCUUUGGCAGCAGCUUGGAUUUGUUGCCGCCGUUCAGUCAUCGUCGUGUCUCGCCGCUGCUCAGCGCCGAUUUGGACGAUGGCGAUGAGACGGCGGCCACGGAUAUGGCACCAACAGGCGAUGCUGUUGCCGCUACGCCCACAACAACGACAACGACAGCGACAACAACAACACCAAUAACAACAGCGACAGCAACAACACCUGCAACAACAACAACAACAGCAACAUCAGCAACGCAAACAACCAACAGCAGCAGCACUGAUGAUGGUUAUACACCCUUUUGGUGGCUGCCAAAUCUUGGACUGCGUCUGGAUCGCCAGGUAGAUGAGAACGGCGAGGAUCGUUCAUUGUUGUUGCGCUUCUUUAGGACAUUUCGUGCUGGCAACACGUCAACAACAUCAGAAACAUCAACAACAUUGCCGUCGCGUCGCUAAAUGUUGACAUUGCAGCAAGUUCUAUGCAUUUCUUAGGCAAUCUCUUAGCAGCUCUCGCAAAUGUCGAGAGUCGCUGGAGCUCAUCAGGCACAUGGGGCAGAUUGGGCAGAAGGGAUUGCUGUCGCGCCACGUGCCACAUGCCACACGCCACAUGCCACGAGUCGCAUGCUGUAUCGAUGCCGACGGCAACAACGUUUCAAUUCAAUGUUGAAGUCUGUUUUAAUCAGUUGCAAAUGGCGUCAAACUGUUUCCCCACCUCCCCCCCCCCACACUACUCAAACUUAUGAUAUAAUUAUUUAAUUAUAAUUUUAAACAUUAUCUGUGUAAUUCUGUAUGUAAAUAUGUUUAUUUUUUUUUUUGUCAAUAUUCUGUCAACAAUUUCGUUUCAACAAUUAUUAUUAUUCUAAUUAUAAAUUAAUAUUUUUUUUUUGCCAUGUUAUUCAAAUUGCUGCAUCUUUUAAGUUGUUGAUUUAAUUUUAAUAGUUUUUUUUUGCGCUUUUUACAAGUACAAUAGUUUUAUUUAUGGGCUCAUGUGGGGCACAAGCACGCCAGCAACAUGCCAACUGUUGCUGCUGCUUCUGCUGUUGCUGUUGCAUACCUUAGCAAUAUUUAAUUGUGAUUAUCUAAAGUUAUAACUAGUUUUUAGUACGCAUACACGCACACACACAAUAUUAAUUAUUACGAUAGAAACUGUAUCAUAAAUCAUUUUGCAAAUUGUGUUUACUUUUCCCAACUUUACCCUAUGUAAUACGUGUAAUAAUAUUAUAUUAUAUAUUUUUUUUUUUUAAUGUAAUGCAUCGUUGUAAUUGUCUCUGUGUAUAUAUCAUAUGUGAAAGGCCAUGGUUAUAGAUCUUUUAAUCGAAGGAAAGAAAGAGAAGAGUUGCUUUGCUGCUCAAGAAACAUUUUCAAAGAUAUACGAGUAUAAAUAAUAAACACAACUAUUAUUAAGCGUAAUAUUUAUGCUAUCUAAAAAUAACAAAUAUUAUUGUAAACUUAUUGUAAUGCAUGUACAUAGUUAUAAAUCUGAAUUUUUUUUUUUGUUGGUGUCUUAAACAAACGAGAAAUAGA